GCUGUUACCGUGUCGCUGUCGGAGUUUGAAAGGAGACACAGCGGACCGGAGUCAGACUGGACGCAGGCCAGGGUGUUGUCGAUACUAACUUGGCUGUUUGGUGCCUCUUCGUGAUUUGUUAUUUUAUAGUGUCGUCCCAUUGAACACACUACUGUCAACCCUGGCUACUCUUCAGAGGAAAGAGGACCUCGGAUUUAAGCUCCAGGAUGCUGAGAGGGGCGCGAAGAUGAGCGUGACGUCCUGGUUCCUUGUCAGCAGCUCCGGCACGCGCCACCGGUUGCCACGGGAGAUGAUCUUUGUGGGGCGCGAGGACUGCGAGCUGAUGCUACAGUCUCGCAGCGUGGACAAGCAGCACGCGGUGCUCAACUACCAUGCUGCCUCUGAUGAGCACAUGGUGAAGGACCUGGGCAGCCUGAACGGGACCUUUGUGAAUGACCUCAGGAUCCCAGAUCAGACCUACAUCACCCUCAAGCUCUCUGAUGUCAUCCGCUUUGGAUACGAUGCCCACGUGUACAUCCUGGAGAAGAGCCAGCACAAGGUCCCGGAGGAAGCGCUCAAACAUGAGAAGUACACUAGCCAGCUGCAGAUGAGCAUGAAGUCCCUGGAGGCCAGGAGGAAGGAGAAGGUGCAGUCUGAGAGCAGCAGGAACGGUGACCCUCCCCUCUCCCAGCAGGAGAAGAACUCUGAGCGCAGAGCACCCCCAGGCCACAGCGAGGCCCCAGUGUCCAGACCCACUCCCCUGUACGGCCAGCCCUCCUGGUGGGGCGAGGAGGAAGAGGAGGAGGAGGAGGAGCAGAGGACUGAGGAGGAACACACAGAGAACAGCAAGGAGGCCGAUGGCCCCCCCCCAGACAGCAGGUCCAUGUUCUCCCACCGGGAGCCGCGCUACUUUGAGAUCCCCACCAAGGACGUCCAGCUGCAGAGCCCCAGUAAGACCCAGCCCCAGGAGUCCCAUCUGCACGAGCGACCCACCAAGGACACCUGCCCCGCCCCCAGCCCCGCCCCCAGCCCCGCCCCCAGCCCCGCCCCCAGCCCCGCCCCCACGCCCCCCGCGGUGCAGAGCCACGCCUCGUUCACCAUCGAGUUUGACGAGUGCACGCCUGGCAAGAUGAAGAUCAAGGACCAUGUGACCAAGUUUUCGCUCCGCCAGCGCAAGCACCCAGGCAGGGAGGCGAUAGGCACGCCCACCGAGGUGAUGUCAGCGGAGAGCAAGGUGGCUGAUUGGCUGGUGCAGAGCGACGUGAGCGUGAUGCGUAGGAGUUUAUGCUCUGAAGACAUGCACAGACCCAAUCACAGCCAGGCCACCAAAGGUCACCUUCACGAAGAUGGAACUCACAGUGACUCAGAGGAACCAGAGAAGGUCGUCCAAUCACGUCCACCCAUCGCAUCGCCGGCUUCUCUCCCCCCACAGACAUCCUUCCCCCCCAAGCUGUCCCGCCCCCGCCCCCCCCCAGCCUCCUCCCCCCUCUCCUCCUCCCCCUCAGAGUCCAGCUCCCCUCCUCCUUCCCAGGACAAGUCAGACCUCCAGCAGGCCUUCGUCAUCGAGUUCUUUGAUGAAAACACAAGAAAGAAACGCUCCCAGUCCUUCAUUGCCACCCAGCCCGACCCUGGACCCCCUAACGCCAAGGUGGAGAGGUGGAGGGCUCCCGGCCAGGGGGAGGAGAGACCAGGCCCCUCUCUGGGCUCCUCCAGCCUAAGCAGCACCCCUACCCAGCAGUACACAGUGCCCCUGAAGGCCCCUGGCUCCUCGGGGCUCCAGAGGGCCGGCUCCCUCCGGAGGGAGAAGACCGAGGAGCGCAUCAGCAGCGGCCCCUCCUCCCGCUCCUCCUCCUCCAGGCCGUUCAGCAGCAUGGGCCGCAGGUCCAGGCUGGCGCAGGACUUCACUGAGUCUGUGAGGCAGGCCAAGCUGAGGCAGCCCACCCCCAGCUGGGAGAGAGAGCCUGAGGCCGUGUCCCCUCCAGAGAGCCCAGAGCCCAGCCCUGUGCUCGCCCCCAGCCCCCCCGCACCCCUCCCUGACCCCCACCUGCCCCAGAGCUGCCCCCCUCCCAGCCAGCCGGCUCCUCUGAAGCCCCCCCUGGUGAGCCCCCGGGGAUCCAGGACUGAGGAGGAGGACAGUCUGAGCGACGCAGGGACCUACACCAUCGACAGUGAGCUGCAGGAGAAGGAUGUGGAGGAGGCUCGCAGCAGGAUCGACCAGGUGUUUGGUGUUGAGAGCCCCGCUCUGCCUAGCCCGGCUGCAGACAGGGCAGGGCGUGGUCCUGUGCUGGCCGGGGCGGGGCAGGAGCGUAGUGAGGGUAGCAGUGAGGAGCUUCCAGAUACUGCACAGGCAGGCAGGCUGGAACAGGUGCGGUGUGGCGUGGUGCAGGGCCCCAGGUGGGUGUCUCGCUGGGCCAGCCUGGCCGACAGCUACUCUCACUCCAGCCCUGCCUCUGGCCUCGCUCACAUCCCUGCUCACAUGGACCCGUCAGGAGGAGGUAGCAGGAUCCUCCACCAGGUGGCGCUGCGUGACAGGAACCAGGACAGCUCCGUUUCCGAGGCCCUGGCCACCAGAGCACGCCGCGCCCUGCCCCCCGAGACGACUCCCACUCCCAGCAUCCACCUCCACCAGGAAGCACGACCGUCUGGAGGGUACGAGACGGGCAGGAGCCUGGCCGUCGCCCAGCAACAGGAGGACAAGCACAGGCUGUGCGUGGGCGAGGAGGUGGAGCCUGACAGUCUGAGCGACGCCAGCAGGUCAGACGACGGCUUGGUGGUGGAGCAGAGGAGAGACGUGUGUGGGAGACCCCAGAAGAGCCCGUCUUACCGCCAGGAGGAGUCUCACGGACCCCCGGCCAAGUCCACGUCGUUCUACAUCGGCUCUGAGGAGCGUCCAGCCAAGCAGGAACAGGGCUGCCGGACAGCCACGCCCAGAACUGACCGGAAACAAGCCCCGCCUCCCAAGCCCUUCUCCACCGCCACCCUCACCAAGCAGAGAGGCAGCCCUGAGGUCCAGCCGGUCCGGCCGGCCCGGCCCAGUGCCUCUGCCCCCAGCCUGCAGCACCAGGACGGCCUGAACCCCCGGGACAGCGCAUCCUCCUCCCCAGCCUCGCUGCUCAGACAGGAGAGCUUCACCAAGGCCUGGCCCAGCCAUGUCAGCAACAUCACCCUGCUCCCAAACAUCUCCAGCCAUCCAGCACUCAGGACCCAGGACCCUGCGGAGGCCCACCAGGAGACGCAGUCCUACCUCAGAGACACCCAGGAUGUCCUGGCCUCCCUGGAGGCCAAGCUCCAGGCCCAACAGGCCGCCCCCGCUCCCCGCCCCGUAGAAGACUCCCUCUCUGGGGAAUCAGACAUGGACACCUCCAGCACUGUCAGCCAGCGCAGCGGGAAGACCUCCAACGCCUCCGCGAGGAAGCCGGCCGCCACCAGCGCCCUCCAGAGGGAGAGGUCCACCACCAGCUCGCUCAGUCAGGACUCUGAGCGCCUGCCUCUGGCUCGGGCUCGUCCGUCCCAAAGCAGGAGAGCCCAGGGGGGGGAGGAGAAGCCCAGCACCAGGCCGGGGCUGAGACGUGGUGCCAGUCAACACGGAUCCAUGGACCUGAGCGACGACCCCCAGAGCAGGCCCAGCACUGUGUCCUCAGACCAGGAGGGUGGCCCCCACGCCUACCGCAGGAGGCAGCCCGCCCCCCAGAGGGAGGAGGGAGGUACUGCGUCCCGGAGCGCCGUGAGCCGGGCCCUGGCCCGCUCCAGCAGCCUGUCCGCCCCCAGGGCUACCCGGGCCUCCAUGCUGCGCCGGGCUCGCCUCGGCGAGGCCUCCGACAACGAGGGCCCGGAGACAGAGAGGGUCUCACCCAGCUCCCAGGAGGUGGCGGGGCCUCCUGCCAGGACCGCCCAGGAGAAGAAGCUGUCCAGGCUGGACCUGCUGGCCAUGCCCCGGAAGAGGACUGGCUCCUUCACCACCCCCAGCGACACGGAGGCCUCAGCCCUGCCCGGUGCGGCAGGGAGGGCAGGGGGGUUCUCCAACCGCAGCUCAGACUCCAACAGCAGCUCUGUCCGCAAGGCCUCGGUCCCCGUGACCAAGCCUGCCCUGCAGCGGCCCCCGGGGGGCGCUGGUAGACCCCUCAGUAGACUACGCUCCUCCUCAGCCAAGUAUGCCAGCAGCACGGCCAGCUCUCGGAGGCGACACAAGGGCUCCGACUACACCUCCACCUCUGAGGAGGAGUAUGACUCCAACCAGAGCACUCCUAAACACACACGCUCCUCCCGCCCCCCCCCAGCCUCCAGCAGCCCCCGCUCCCAGCCUCGUCCACAGCCUCUGGUGGCCCCGCGGCCCCGCAUGGGACCCCCCGAGGAGGUCAGCCACGAGGGGGAUGCCUUCCAGACCUGGUCCACACACAGCGCAGAGAUAGCCAAACUGAGUCAGGACCUGGCUAAGGACCUGGCUAUCCUGGCCAGGGAGAUCCAUGACGUGGCAGGAGAAGCAGACCUGCCCAGUUCCCCCAGCCCAGAGGCCGCCCCCGAGGCCAGCACCCCUGAGGCCAGUGCCCCCGCUGCCAGCACAGCCCACCACAGCCAGUCGGGGCGGCCCCUCCCUGAGGCUGGUCCCACCCGGCAGAGACUCCCACCUGCUCCUGGCCCUGGUCCUGCUCCUGGUCCUGGUCCUGCUCCGGCCAGGCGUGCAAACGACAUGGAGCCAGAGUACUCUAGACUCCUGGGAGGGGAGCAGGAGGAGGUGGUGGACAGCCUUAUGCUGAACCCUGUGUCCCAGAUCUCCAUGGCUAUUCGAGAAAACACAGAGCUGCUAACAGAGAAGAUCAAAGUGCUGUUUCAAAACAAGGCCGAGGUCUGGGAGAAGAUCGAAGCCAAGAUUGACGCAGAGAAUGACACACCUGCUCUGAAAACCUCCAACAAGGAGAUAACAUCGAUUCUGAAAGAAUUGAGAAGAGUUCAGAAGCAACUAGAAGUGAUCAACACCAUCAUCGAACCAAACGGACUGUUCACCCCGAACUACCUGUCCUCAGGUGGAGCCCGGCUCUCCAGGGCCCUGCCCAGAGACUGGAGACACCCAGCCCAUCCUGGCUCCCAGGGGGCCCCGCUCCAGCCUGGCUCCCAGAGGGCCAGCGAGGGCUACAGGAGGGCCAUGAUGUCAGACGAAGACAGCUAUGUGGUCUGAGGGAAUGAGGACCUGUCUGCAACUUUGGCUCCCCUCCUCCCCUCCUCCCCCCUCCUCCCUCCCCUCCAGCUGUAGCUGUCUCCCCCCUCCCCUCCCCCCUCUCCUCCAGCUGUAGCUGUCUCCCAGUGGGGCCUGCCUCUCAGGGUUGUUCUGAGAGGGAAGUGAGAGGAGCCAUCCUGCUCUGAGCUCUGUGCUAGGUAGCUGUGCUAGGUAGCUGUGCUAGGUAGCUGUGCUAGGCAGCUGUGCUAGGCAGCUGUGCUAGGUAGCUGUGCUAGGCAGCUGUGCUAGGUAGCUGUGCUAGGCAGCUGUGCUAGGCAGCUGUGCUAGGUAGCUGUGCUAGGCAGCUGUGCUAGGUAGCUGUGCUAGGUAGCUGUGCUAGGUAGCUAUGCUAGUUAGCUGGACGGAUCAGACUGGUAGACAGCCUCUUCACAUGUACCUUCCACACCGGGACAACCUCAGAUGGUCACCUCAUCAUUUUCACUCCUUUCUCGCUAAUUAUUCCUGUUUAUAUGUCUAUAUGGAUGAUAUCAAAAGCAUCUAUGUGAAAAUAAAAGUAAAUAUAUACUGUCUUGAGUAGAAUCAACUCAAUGGCAGAUUGUAGGCUUUUCAAAAAUAUCUAUAUUUUUAUAUUUGAUUACACAUUUCAUGAAAAUUGGUUACAUGAACAUGCAUGUAGAUGAGAUAAUUUGUAAUACAUGGGGUGGUUUUUAUAUUUGAAUAGGACUACUUCCUCAACCAACCAUGUGUGAUCCUACAUACACCUCACACACUGAACUCUAUAUUUGUAACUUUCACUUCACUUGUUUCAGAUUGAACUCGAAGGGCUGGCGGGGUGAAAGUAUGCCUAAAGUAGUUGUGGUGAUAAAAAAAUGGUAUUAAAGCAAACUUAUGCUAUGUGACACUAAGUUUGGGCUUAUUCAAGAAGGUUCAGUGCCUGUAUCUGACCUCCCCAGACUCUGGCAGUCUGGGAUGGACACACGAAGACAUAAAAAAAGACUAUUUUAUAUAUUUUGGUGCCAGUACACUAUUGUGCCUGUGUUCUCUCAAAGUAGCAGGUCUUUCUCCUCAAGCACUAAGUAUUCUCUCCCACUCAGAGCUGAAAAUCCUUUUGGAAUGUGUGGUGGUUAGGUUGGGAACAUGCAGGUUUCGUCACCUGGCAACAGCAGAACUGUCAGGGUUAGCACACAGCCCAGUGAGUUGGGCCUUUCAGCCCAGGCUGCAGGCUCCACACAUUCAGGGCAUCCAACUUGUAAGCGGUUUUAUAAGGUUGUUAUUUGUUACUCUGUCAGACAUGAUCAGGGAUUUUUUUUGUCAAAUGUGAUUCACUUUUUACAUUUUGCCAAAGAAAAAAAGCAUUCUCAACACAUAUUACAAAGGUGCUGCUAAAUGUAACAAAGGUUAUUCCCCUUGAAAAUCGGUUCCUGUAUUCAAAGGUAGUAAUGGUACACAGCCUGCAUUUUGCCAGGUUACCUGGGCCUAUUCUGUUGAUGCCACAUAAUGGUUACCAUAGUUCUUAUCUUUUAAUAUAAAUUAAAUCUUCAGAUAUAAAUAUUAAUGUAUUUUGCACUACUUUUCGGACCAGUUGAACCAUAUGGAUAAAGCAUGUUGUGUCAUUGUUAUGUACAAUACAAGUUCAUGGAGAGAGUGGACGAACAGUGUUGUCGGUGUGUGUUGAUUUGAACAACUCUCUUCGUCACGAUUAUAGUAGGCUACAUUUGCACAAACCCGUCAACCUUCUGCGAUCUUUGAAAUAUGUAGCGUUAUGACACCACACGCUGCUACUGUUCUUUCUUGGCAUUAAUAUUGUAAUUCCCUUUUCCAAUAUUGUCUAAUCUUUAAUUAUGUAAGUUGUUUACUUAGCCAACUAUAUCGUAUGUUUCAGUUUGUAUGUCAUCAGUUAUGAUUGGUCGAUUCAAAAUGUCAAGAAUACAGUUCUGUCUUAGACUAAUUGUGUCGACCAUGAUGUACGUGAUUCAGAUUUCUCCAAUAAACGAUGAAUAAA